GGAAGGUAUCUACUUUUUUUCUUAAAUACAAGACAUAUUCGUACUGGUUAGGAGAUAGGACUAGAUUUGACAUACUAUAGGUUUCGUACUGGACCUAUCAUAACAUGGACAGAAGAAAAUCGUACAAAGAUCCCGAUGUGGAUUAUAUCGGACGAACUGAUAGAAAGAACAGCAAUGAAUCAUAUGUACCCAUAUCGUACGUCCGAGACAAUGGUGAGGACAGAAGUGUAUCGAGUGGCAUGGCGUUCGAAAAUUAUGCCAUAUCUGAUGAAUAUGCUGUUGAGGAUCCCCACUGGAACAUGAUGGCAUACAACUCAAAACGUCACUGGACCAAGGCCAACUGGUCGGAGCAAUAUGUGGAGUCAAACAGCCGAUCAGAUGAUGUGAGCCGUGACGAACACAAUUAUAGAUCCAAGCGCCGCCAUGGCCGAGAAGAGUUUGCCCGUCCUUCUCCACGAGACAAGAAAGGAGGAAACACAAACAUCAAACACUCAGCUCUGGCAGUAUUCAUGGUAGCGGUGGUUGUAGCUAUCCCACUGUUGAUUAUCUUCGUCUUCAGGAAAGAUCCCGAUGUGGAUUAUAUCGGACGAACUGAUAGAAAGAACAGCAAUGAAUCAUAUGUACCCAUAUCGUACGUCCGAGACAAUGGUGAGGACAGAAGUGUAUCGAGUGGCAUGGCGUUCGAAAAUUAUGCCAUAUCUGAUGAAUAUGCUGUUGAGGAUCCCCACUGGAACAUGAUGGCAUACAACUCAAAACGUCACUGGACCAAGGCCAACUGGUCGGAGCAAUAUGUGGAGUCAAACAGCCGAUCAGAUGAUGUGAGCCGUGACGAACACAAUUAUAGAUCCAAGCGCCGCCAUGGCCGAGAAGAGUUUGCCCGUCCUUCUCCACGAGACAAGAAAGGAGGAAACACAAACAUCAAACACUCAGCUCUGGCAGUAUUCAUGGUAGCGGUGGUUGUAGCUAUCCCACUGUUGAUUAUCUUCGUCUUCAGGAAAGGAUCCCCGAUCACCGAAGGAACAAUAGGCUUGGAAUUAAAAUUAUCUGACCAGUUUCAAAAAGGCAUGGAAGAUCCCACUUCUACCGUGUUCAAGUCGACAGAGCAGGAACUUUGUACAGAGGUAGAACAGGCAUUUACUACAGACGACAACUUCCCAGGGGGCACGAACUAUGUGUGUACGCUUAAAUCACUAAGAAAUGGCAGCAUCAUUGUCACUUUCGUGAUAAUCAUUACUGGCAGUUACACUAUACCUGGCAAUGAUCAAUAUGUCCAAACGGUUACAACAUUCAUAGGAGCAGGGGGGACACUGGGGUCAUUUACAGUAAUAAGUGGAUCCGUAGUUGUCACAUCAGCUUCCUAUACGCAGCAAGGCGUCCAAACGAUCAUUACAACAACCACAUCUGCGCCAACGACAACAACAUCCACUCCUGGGCCAACAACAACGACAACCACUCCAGAGUCAACAACAACAACAACAACCACUCCAGAGUCAACAACAACGACAACAACUCCGGAGCAAACAACAACGACAACCACUCCAGAGUCAACAACAACGACAACCACUCCAGAGCAAACAACAACAACCACUCCAGAGUCAACAACAGCGACAACCACUCCAGAGUCAACAACAACGACAACAACUCCGGCGCAAACAACAACGACAACCACUCCAGAGUCAACAACAGCGACAACCACUCCAGAGUCAACAACAACGACAACAACUCCGGAGCAAACAACAACGACAACCACUCCAGAGUCAACAACAACAACAACCACUCCAGAGCAAACGACAACAACUCCCGAAGCUACAACUACUACCAUUAUUCAAACUGAAAUACAACUCGGUAGCUCGCUUACGUCUCCUCAUGGUGAUUUACUCAUUGAGUGCAACGUCCAAUACGCACAUAAUACCUGGAAUGAGAUCAAGCUUAUCUCCUCUGACGUCAGCUCUGGGAUUGAAGCUGUUUGUUAUGCUAAUGGUACAACACAAAAGGACAACAACUCGUACCAACUGACCUUACAUCCUACCGGAAAUAACGUAUCAAUAAGUCUUCUAUUUCCAAAUACAACGAAACAAUGUUUUGCCAGAAGCAACUACACGUGUCUGCUCUAUGGAAAUAACGACGUAAUGGUUGAAACAACGAAAUAUGUCUCCAUUCCAGUUGCAGAUGCAGCAGAAAAUCUUGAAAUUGUUGGAAUUCCAACGAUUAACGAAGGUGACAGAUAUGUAGUGAACUGUACUGGGGAUCUGGCUCCGCCAUCAAGUACACUCGACCUGUAUACUAGAACCGCCAACGCUACGUCAUUUACGAAAUCUUCAGUAAAUCCCCUAUUAACGAGCGGUGAUGUAACUCAGUCCUGCUACCUCCAAACAACAAAGAGCUACACUCUGAUAGCCAACAUGAAUGAUAAUGGCACAGAGAUGAGAUGUGAGGCACUUAACUCUUCGCCAGGAUCACGGACGACAUCUGGUUCACGAACGGUUUCUGUAACAGGUUCUGAAAUACAACUCGGUAGCUCGCUCACAUCUCCUUAUGGUGAUUUACUCAUUGAGUGCAACGUUCAAUAUGCACCCAAUACCUGGAAUAAGAUCAAGCUUAUCUCCUCUGACGUCAGUUCUGGGAUUGUAGCUGUUGGUUAUGCUAAUGGUACAACAAAAGAGGACAACAACUCUUACCAACUAUCCUUUCUACCUGUCGACAGUAACAUAUCAAUAAGUCUUCUUUUUCCAAACAAAACGAAACAUUGUUUCGCAAGAAGGAACUACACAUGUUUACUCUAUGUGAAUGACGACACCUUUGCGGAAACAACACAAUAUAUCUCUAUUCCAGAUGCAGCAGAAAAUCUUGAAAUUGUUGGCAACACCAUGUUGAACGAAGGUGACAGAUAUGUUGUGAACUGUACCGGGGAUCUGGCUCCGCCAUCAAGUACACUCGACCUGUAUGCUAGAACCGCCAACGCUACGUCAUUUACGAAAUCUUCGGCAAAUCCCCUAUUAACGAGCGGUGUUGUAACUCAGUCCUGCUACCUCCAAACAACAAAGAGUUACACUCUGAUAGCCAACAUGAAUGAUAAUGGCACAGAGAUGAGAUGUGAGGCACUUAACUCUUCGCCAGGAUCACGGACGACAUCUGGUUCACGAACGGUUUCUGUAACAGUUUCUGAUAUACAACUCGGUAGCUCGCUCACGUCGCCUCAUGGUGAUUUACUCAUUGAGUGCAACGUUCAAUACGCACCUAAUACCUGGAAUGAGGUUAAACUAAUAUCGUCUGACGUCAGUGCUGGUAUUGUCGCUGUUGGUUAUGUCAACGGAACAACACAAAAGGACAACAACUCGUACCAACUGACCUUCCAACAUAGCGAUAGAAACAUGUCAAUAAGUUUAUUAUUUCCCAACACAACAAAACAUUGUUUUGGAAGGAGCAACUACCGGUGUUUGCUCAAUAGCGAUAGUGACGACAUCAUUGUGGAGACGACAGAAAACGUUUCCAUUCCAGUUGUAGAUACUGCGGAGCAUGUUGUAAUUGUUGGAAACACCACUUGGAAUGAAGGUGACAGAUAUGUAGUGAACUGUACCGGGGAUCUGGCACCGCCGUCAAGUACACUAGACCUGUACACUAGGACCACAAACGCCACGUCAUUUACAAAGUCAUCUGUAAAUCCUCUAGUUACGAUUGAUGGUGUUACCGAGUCUUGCUACCUCCAAACAACAAAGAGUUACACGUUCAUUGCCGACAGAACUGAUAACGGCACGGAGUUGAGGUGUGAGGCUUUGAAUACUUCGAGUGGAACAUCGAUGUCUACAAGGCAGUCAAUUGUUGUACGAGUUGCUGAAAUGGAAAUGAAUGAUUCUAUCACAACACCUGAGGAAGAGAUCACUAUUAGCUGUAACGUACGGUACGCUCCGUCCGGAUGGGAUAACUUCAGUAUAGUAUCAGUGAACAAUAAUGACAUCCACGUGACAGCCUUCUCAAACGGAACUAUUCAACAGGGCAACAGUUCUUAUACAGCUAGACUUCAACAAAGUAGUCCAGAUAUGCUACUUAACGUGCUGUUUCUUAAUACCACGACACACUGUUACGCUAGGGGGAGUUACGUGUGUACAUUGACAGACAUCGGAAUCAUCGUCAUCAAUAAUACAGCAACAGUUAUAAUUACAGAUAUCGCCAGCAACGUAACACUUGAAGGUAACGGCACAGUUGAUGAGGGUGACAGGUACGAGAUGAGAUGUUCCGGUAGAGUAGCUACAGAAGGCGGGGAUCUCCACCUCCAUGUACGAUCUGGUAAUACUUCGGACUUUAUCAGGACCACAGAAGUCCCCAUAGUAACUGUUGGUGAUUUCAAUGACAUGUGUUACCAAUCCAUAACCAAAAGCUACGGUUUCAUCGCUGAGAAGGUCCAGAAUGGAACAGAAUUCGCCUGCGUCGCCACUAAUGUCAAACUAUCAUCCUACCAAAGCACCACUUCCAUCGAUAUGGUAGUGGACUUUGCAGCUUUCAACACUCAGUUUCAUUUGCAAAAUACUACAUGGAUCCCUGCCUACGGCGACAAAAACAGUCCUGAAUUCAAGAGCUUUGCAGAGAAAAUAGAAAAUGACACUGACUAUGUAUACGAGAGAAGCAAUAUCAAGGAUAACUACAAGAGAAGCAAAGUCACUGGACUCGAGCAGGGGAGUGUCAAUGUCAUUUUUGUGAUGCAUAUAGUUGUCCAAGUGGUUCUCACCGAUAGCUCCGGCAAUGUCAUCACAACAAAACUGACACCGACCGACAUCGUUUCUGCAUUUGUCGACACGCUCCCUACGGUUGCCAAUGAUCUUACCAGCAGUGACCUGAUUGACUUAGACACCAACAACAUUGUCACAGAUGUUAUUAUUGAUCCUGGAAAUGAGUAUGAAUGCAGCAAUACGAAGACUGACGUUGUAUUCCUCCUGGACGCCUCUGGAAGUGUCGGAUCAUCUAAUUUUAUAUUAAUGAAAUUCUUCAUUAAAAACAUCACAGCAAACCUUCUGUUAGGCCCAAACGCCAUUCAAGUUGGUAUCGUUACAUUUGCCACAGUUCCUAGAUAUGAAUUUUGGCUCAAUGAACAUUAUGGAGCAUUAACGCUGAAUCCAGCUAUAGAUUCAAUCGUAUACACCAACGCGGGGACAUAUAUAGCCAAGGGUUUGCAGUACGUCAGGGAUAAUGCACUUGCCGCUGCAAAUGGGGCGAGAGCUGACUCGGAAAAGGUUGUAAUUCUGAUGACUGAUGGAAAGUCCUUCGAUAAUUCGGCUACAAUUGCCAGCACACUCAGGAAUGACGGCGUUCUUGUGGCUUGUGUGGGAAUAGGUACUGGAAUAAAUACGGCUCAGUUAAACGAAAUCGCAUACAACUCUUCCUACAUAUUCUUUGCUGCUAGCUUUAACGUGUUGACACAAAUCAGUGAUACUGUGAGGAGGUCGACAUGUGAGACUAUUGACAACAACAACUAAUUAUAACAGAGUUCAUUUAUACCUUUAUAUACUUCGAUAAUCAUAAUCAGAUAAUCCUAAUGUGAAUUACAUUUGAUAUUCUAUUUUUGUUAUAAGUGCAACGAACGUCUACAGCAAAGGAUGUAUAUAUCUUAAGGAAAAUGAAAUGGGUUUUUAAUACAAUACUGUGUAUGGCAAUGUACGUCUACGAAAAUUAUUUAAGGUAGCAGUGUAUAGUAGCGUACGGUGGCCAUGGGUAACGAAUAACCCAUGUACUAUUACAUGCAUCAAAAUAAAAUGAAAAAUCAGCACUAAAAUUGGCAUAUACAUGCUGAAAUGAACUAUGUGGGCU